CGCCAAUUCCCCCCAGCUACGGUUUACGAGACAUCACCUAAAGUCCAAUGCGACCACUUGUGCUACUGCGCUCAACCACGACAGCCAUACUCCAAUCGCAUUCUUUAUCGCAUUUUUUAUCGGAAUUUUGACGUGUACUAUGCGACGGUCAAGACGUGGAUCUUGUGCACUCUAACAGCCCACCAUGUCUGUAAUCCUUUGCACGGCGGGAUAUGACCACACAAUUCGGUUCUGGGAAGCCCUCUCCGGCAUCUGCUCCCGAACAAUCCAACACCCGGACUCGCAGGUCAAUCGCCUCUGCAUUUCCCCAGACAAGCGCUUCCUCGCUGCCGCCGGCCACCACACGGUCAAGCUCUUCGACAUCAAAUCGACCAACCCUAACCCGCUGCUAACCUUCGAGGGCCACACGGGGAAUAUCACAGGCGUCGCCUUCCACUGCGAGGGCAAAUGGAUGGUCACGAGUUCCGAGGAUGGCACUGUCAAGAUUUGGGAAACACGUUCCGGCCAGGUACAACGCAGCUACAACCACGGCUCGCCCGCCAACGACGUCGUCAUCCACCCCAACCAGGGCGAGAUCAUUAGCUGCGACCGCAUGGGCAGCGUCCGCGUCUGGGACCUCGCAGAGAACACUUGCUCCCACCAGCUGAUCCCCGAGGAGGACGUGUCCGUAUCAAGCGUCACCGUCGCGAGCGACGGCUCACUCCUCUGCGCCGCCAACAACGCUGGAAACGUAUUCGUCUGGCACCUAGUCCAGUCCAUGGAGCGCACCCAGCUCGUCCCCGUCACCCACUUCAGCGCCCACAAAGAAUACAUCACCCGCAUCCUCCUCUCCCCAGACGGCAAGAAGCUCGCCACCUGCAGCGCCGACCACACCGCCAAGAUUUGGGAAGUCACUGACCUCGACCCCGCUACCGAAGACGAUGGCCCGCGCCCUUACCCGCUCGAGGCCACCCUUACCGGCCAUCAGCGCUGGGUCUGGGACUGCGCCUUCAGCGCCGAUUCUGCCUACCUCGUCACCGCCUGCUCUGACCACUACGCCCGCCUCUGGGAAUUGCACAGCCAGCAGAUCAUCCGCCAGUACAAUGGUCACCAUCGCGGUGCCGUCUGCGUUGCCCUAAACGACUACUCCGAGACUAGGUGAACGGUGCAUGCGUCAUUGGUGACGGUGGAUACGUGGAGAAUUCUUUAUAGUUGGUGUAAUUACGGACCUUCUGGCAGUGAAGGAAGAGAGUAUGGGGCUUGGGGUAUUGGAUGGAACGGUGAGCUAGUGUCAGCUCCCAAUUUUUCUUCUGGUCCUCUUAUUCCGGGUAUUUGCCUCACUACGCCUUUGAUCUUCUAUUGUCAGUCAUUCUUGGGUUUGCUUGGUUUGGUUCAGGAUCUGGGAUAUCAGGGCGAAACGGCAUGGCGUCUGGAAAUCCAUAGCAAGGAGCUCAGUUUUUCAUCAAGCCCUGGUAAGGGGUGUCAUUAUUGACGAUAUCGACGUUCCGCUUUCUAUCCUGA